GACGGAGCGGAACGCGAGCGGACCAGCCGCUCAGGCUCUCCCGGCCGCUUCCGGUGUCUCGCCGCGGCCGCCUCUUCCGGCGCGGUGCCGCGGGUCUGCCAUGGAGCAGGACGACCCGGCCGAGGCGUUGACGGAGCUGCGCGAGCGGCGGCUAGGCGCAUUGGAGCUGCUGCAGGUGGCGGCGGGCUCGGGCCUGGUCGCCUACGCCGUGUGGGCACUGCUGCUGCAGCCGGGCUUCCGCCGCGUGCCGCUGCGGCUGCAGGUGCCUUAUGUUGGCGCGAGUGCCAGGCAGGUGGAGCACGUGUUGUCGUUGCUGCGAGGCCGUCCAGGAAAGAUGGUGGACCUGGGCUCUGGCGAUGGCAGGAUUGUGCUGGCUGCCCACAAGUGCGGUCUCCGCCCAGCUGUGGGCUAUGAGCUGAACCCGUGGCUGGUGGGGCUGGCGUGGCUGCAUGCCUGGAGGGCAGGAUGUGUGGGCAAUGUCAGCUACCGCCGUGAGAACCUCUGGAAGGUGAGCCUGAGGGACUGCCACAAUGUGUCUGUGUUCCUGGCUCCUAGCGUGCUCCCACUGCUGGAGGACAAGUUACAGGCAGAGUUGCCUGCAGGAGCCCGAGUGGUGUCUGGGCGCUUCCCCCUCCCCACCUGGCAACCUGUGGCUGUACUGGGUGAGGGCCUGGACCGCGUCUGGGCCUAUGAUGUCCACAGUGGUGGGCCGGCUGGGCAGGCUGUCCCAGGGCCUAGUUCUGCCUCCGUACCUGGAGCCCCCAAUUCUCAGGUUGGCUGACUGGACACAAUAAAGACUCAGUGGGUUCCA